UGUGCGUGUUACCACCAUGGAUGCUGAGCUGGAGUUUGCCAUCCAGCCCAACACUACAGGGAAGCAACUCUUUGAUCAGGUCGUCAAGACGAUUGGUCUAAGAGAGGUCUGGUUUUUUGGACUUCAGUAUCAGGACACCAAGGGCUUCUCAACAUGGCUGAAAUUGAACAAAAAGGUAACAGCACAGGAUGUACGCAAAGAAAGCCCCCUGCUUUUCAAAUUCCGUGCCAAGUUCUACCCAGAGGAUGUGGCAGAAGAGCUAAUCCAGGAUAUCACACAGCGCCUUUUCUUCCUCCAAGUGAAGGAGGCAAUUCUGAACGAUGACAUUUAUUGCCCUCCAGAAACAGCUGUCCUUCUGGCUUCUUAUGCCGUCCAGUCAAAAUACGGAGACUUCAACAAAGAGGUGCACAAGUCUGGCUACCUUGCUAGUGACAAACUUCUCCCACAGAGAGUUCUGGAGCAGCACAAGCUUAACAAGGACCAGUGGGAGGAGAGGAUCCAGGUGUGGCACGAGGAGCAUCGGGGAAUGAUUAGAGAAGAUGCUGUCUUGGAAUACCUGAAAAUUGCACAGGAUCUGGAAAUGUAUGGUGUGAACUACUUCAGCAUUAAGAACAAGAAGGGCUCUGAACUCUGGCUGGGUGUAGAUGCUCUUGGACUCAACAUUUAUGAGCAGAACGACAGGCUAACACCGAAAAUUGGAUUCCCUUGGAGUGAGAUCAGAAAUAUCUCAUUCAAUGACAAGAAAUUUGUUAUCAAGCCAAUUGACAAGAAAGCACCAGACUUUGUGUUCUAUGCCCCUCGGUUACGGAUUAACAAACGAAUCUUGGCACUUUGCAUGGGGAACCAUGAGCUCUACAUGCGCAGACGUAAACCAGAUACCAUCGAGGUGCAGCAGAUGAAAGCACAGGCUCGGGAAGAGAAGCAUCAGAAACAGAUGGAGAGAGCCCUGCUGGAGAAUGAGAAGAAGAAGAGGGAGUUAGCAGAAAAGGAGAAGGAGAAGAUCGAACGUGAAAAGGAGGAGCUAAUGGAGAGACUCAAGCAAAUUGAGGAGCAAACCAAGAAAGCUCAGCAAGAACUGGAAGAACAGACCCGCAGAGCUAUGGAGCUGGAACAGGAGAGAAAACGAGCUCAGGAGGAAGCAGAGAAACUAGCUAAAGAACGUAGAGAAGCAGAAGAGGCAAAGGAAGCCCUAUUGAAAGCUUCCCACGAUCAACAAAAGACUCAGGAACAGCUGGCUGCUGAGAUGGCAGAACUCACAGCUAGGAUCACGCAGCUGGAGCUGGCCAGGCAGAAGAAAGAGAGUGAGGCCCAGGAGUGGCAACAGAAGGCACAGAUGGUGCAGGAGGACCUAGAAAAGACCAAAGAGGAGUUGAAGACUGCCAUGAGCACCCCUCAUGUCACUGAGCCAAUGCACUCUGAGAAUGAGCAUGAUGAUGAGCAGGAUGAGAAUGCGGCAGAAGCCAGUGCAGAGCUACGAUCAGAGGCCACCAUCAAGGACCGCAGUGAGGAGGAGCGCACUACUGAAGCAGAGAAGAAUGAACGGGUUCAGAAACACUUGAAGGCUCUUUCCUCGGAGCUGGCAAAUGCUCGGGAUGAAACCAAGAAGACAGCCAAUGAUAUGAUCCAUGCUGAGAACAUGCGUCUAGGCCGAGACAAGUACAAGACCCUCCGUCAGAUUCGGCAGGGCAACACCAAGCAGCGCAUUGAUGAGUUUGAGUCCAUGUAAACUCUCCCCUGCACCUGCUACCCUGCACUCUCUUCUCCCCUCCUUUCCCAUCCUCUCCCAUCAUUCACUCGUAAUCGUGCUACGCUGGAACCACUACAGAAGAGUGACCAUGGUCUUAUUUAUAGAGUUUUGGGCAAAUGCUGGAGUUAAGCAACAGAAGAAAGAAUAGUAUUUACAUCUUCCUGGGGUGGCUUGAGAAAGCAAACAUGUAUUGGGGCAAAUCUGAAAUUGUUUGGCUUUGGUUAGAGUCUCACUGCAUUUAGUUUUGUAUUGCUUACUGAAGUGGCUGUGUUGCUGUCUUCUUCCAUUGGGUGGGAGGCCAGCAGAUACUUUUACUGAAUUAUGUGAAGUGCUAACAGUUUGACACUGUGCCUUCCUACUAACUCAGGCAAGCUUCAGUAAUUAAGCUUAGUAGCCAGGGUCUGAAUUUCUGAUUUAAUACAGGGUCUGAAUCAUGUAGUUGAGAAGGGGAGGCUAGAGCUUAGGAAGAAGGGUUGGAGGUAGAAUAUGGACUUUCUUUCUAAAAGACCAAAGCUUUUGUCCUUCAAACAUAAGCAGACCAAACAGAUUCUGUGGCGUUCCUGCUGGUGUUAUCUUU